UUUCUCCUUAACAAGUAUAGGUAGGGAGGUGUUUAUGCUAUAUAUAUUUGUAUUUCUAGCAGGAUAUAUCCUAUUCUUCACUAUAGUAACUAUAUAGAGAUUUAGGAGUUAACAAUGAUGUGGGGGAGAGAGCAAUUAGUAGUUUUGAUUUUGACAGUGGUCCCCUUCAAAGAAUGUCUUAGUCAACUGAUUGCUUGGGAAAAGGAUGACCUGCAGAGGGGAGUGGGAGGAUAUCCUGUUACGAUGUGGGUGAAUGUAACAAGGAGAGAAACGCCUCAGACUGUCACAUUUGAUGCUUGCAAUGUGAUAGCCUGUGGGAGCUUGAGUGCCCAACGACAAUUGAGUCAUGAAGAUAAAUACCUGUGUCCUGAAUUAGGCAUGAAUAAGAGAUCCCCUUGUGGGGGAUGGAAUAAUGUAUGGUGGACGACUGUCUAUCAAGGCUGGACAUACACCCCAGGGAUAUCUGAUACAUUGCAAUCACACACCCUAAAAGAACGGAUUAGUAUGUUUAAGGGAAUUGUCCAACCAGACUGCCAGGCCUUGCAGUGUAAUCCAGUAACAAUUACAAUAAGCAAGGCUGAUAGCCUUGUUAACAUCACCUUUGGCAUUGGAAUAAACAUACGAGGAAAAGACCCAGUAGCUAGAUUCAGAAUAGCCGUAUGGGAUUCAUUACUUGAUCAUACUCAAAAUGUCCAGGAUAAGAAAAAAGGAGUGAAAAAUCCUCCUAAAAAUCCUGCAGCUGUAGCAGUUACAGAAAUAAAAGAUCUCAGACAAACAUUUGAAAUUGAGACAGGAUAUGGAGAUGUGAAUGCCUGGGUAGAAUGGGUUAAGUAUACUGUCCAGAGUCUCAACCAUAGCAACUGCUAUGCUUGCGCAUCAGGGCGGCCUGUAGCUCAGGUAGUACCCCUUCCACUGGGGUGGACCAAGGAUUCCCAAGAUAUGCAAUGUAUGAUUGCCCUGUACCAGGAGAAAACUGCCUGGGGAAAUGAAGCCUGUAAAUCUCUGUCCCUACUGUUUCCCCCGAUAUCAGAGAUGGAUGCCAGAAUCCCUCCAGCAUUCUCCACGGCCAUAGGUAACCAUACAGCUUGUCUCUCAAGACAGGGUGUGAAGGCUACCAGGUCUGUAGGGAAUUUCUCACUAUGCAGUGAAACCUUGGAUGUUACAAAAGAUUUAGCAGGGAACUAUUCAAGGCUGGGAAUCCCUAGAGCGGAUCUCUGGUGGUAUUGCGGUGGGAAGAUCUUAUGGUCCACUCUCCCAUCUAAUUGGGGAGGUACCUGUGCACUUGUUCAACUGGCUAUACCGUUCACUCUGGCAUUUGAGAAGGAUCUAUCACACACUCACAAAAGGAACAAAAGGAGCCUAGGAGUCUCAUUUGAUGAUGAUGCAAUAUAUAUAGACUCAGUUGGGGUGCCCAGAGGUGUCCCUGAUGAAUUUAAGGCUAGAAAACAAAUUGCUGCAGGAUUUGAGUCACUAUUCUGGUGGGUAACAAUUAACAAAAAUGUAGAUUGGAUAAACUACAUCUAUUACAAUCAGCAGAGAUUUAUAAACUAUACAAAGGAGGCAACAGAGGGAAUUGCAGAACAAUUGGAUGCUACAAGCAGGAUGGCCUGGGAGAAUAGGAUCGCCCUAGACAUGAUACUAGCUGAAAAAUGGGGUGUAUGUGUAAUGUUGGGCUCUCAUUGCUGUACUUUCAUCCCAAAUAACACAGCCCCAGAUGGCACGAUAACUAAAGCAUUACGGGGGCUUACUACUCUUGCAAAUGAAUUAGCAGAAAACUCAGGAAUAGAUAGUUCUCUCGCUGGAUGCUUGGAGUCCUGGUUUGGCAGAUGGAAAGGGAUGAUUGUGUCCAUAUUUACUUCUUUGAUUGUGGUGGCAGGAUUCCUGAUGGCCAUUGGUUGCUGUAUUAUCCCCUGCAUGAGGGGAUUGGUACAGCGACUAAUAGAAACUGCGCUGCUGAAGCAAACAAUAAUGGAGCCACCACCAUACUCGGAUGAAAUGAUAGUAUUAGAAGAAAUGGAGAAUGAAGAAAGUGAAGAAGUUUUUAGAAUCAUACCUUAGAAAAGAAUUGCAGACAUCAAUAUUGUAAAAGAAAAAAAGGGGGGAAUUGUGGAAAGUGCAAAUGAUCUCUAUGCAUUGGAUAUUGAAAAGGGCAAAUGGUCUGAAGAAGUAAGCUGUAGCAUAUCCUUAGAAAUAGCUGAUGUGAAAAGUAGAAAUACCAUAUACAUAUUAGUAACAUAUCUUAGAAACGUAGUUACUGAAUUACAUGACAAAUUCUUUCUCACAAAGCUGCAAUAGACUUUAAAUGUUCUAAACAUUUAGGGUGUUCGUUAGGCCAGCAGAAGUGAAAUACAUUUAACAAGUUUUCAAGGAGUCAGGGCCUUUACACAAAGCAGAACUGUCCCAAUCUAUGGGAAUGUUAGGAUGCCAUAAGCAGGCUUCAAGGUACUCCCCUCUAUCCUCCUUCCAAGCUUAUCUCUAUGCAGGGACAGAUGGAUGACCAGAGCAAUGACCCAGUGUAAAAGGCACAAAUGCUAGGGGGUAGUUAAACAAUGAAGAGGUUAUGUUUAUGUUUAUGUUGUAAAGCAGGCAUCCAAAAGUUAUGACCAGUUGUCUGUUAAGAAAGCAACUGUUAGAAGGCAAUUAACCAAGUGAGAUAUUUGUGUUUGGGUGGCAAGGAUUUGUGUUUCCUUGGUAUUUGUGUGAUUAGUGAAGCAUCACGAAAGAGUGUGAACCUGCAGUACUCAGCCAAUGAGGACCCAGGGGAGAAAGAGAUAAGCGUGGGGCAACAGGGGAUAAAAGAUGUAACGCUGUUUUCUGUGUGCGCUCCUGCUUGCAGGAGGCCUGCCAUUGCAAUUGCAAAUAAAAUCUGCUUUAUCAGAGAUACCGUCCUGGAAAACUAUUUGGAUAUUUCCAACACCUCCAUCAGGAAACCCUGCUGGAAUAACCACUUUCCAGCAUACCUUCAGCAGUCACUGUGACUGACCAGGUCCGAUCCUCCUUGUUGCCUCCCUUAUCACUUGUUGGUCAAGAUUGUGAUGCUGUUUGCUCUUAAUUAUGACUUUCUCCUUUCCUUACUAUUGUUUUUUCUUUCUCCACUAGAAAUGUCCUUAAUCAGAGAGCCUUAAAGAAACUGUACUCUACCUCAACAUUUCUUACUUUUGCUGUUGUUUG